CGACUUCCCCUUAAAUACCAUCGGCUUCCACCUCUCUCUCCCUCUUUCUCUCUCUCCCUUGCUCGCUCUCUCUCUCUCUGCAGAAACCCUAAAAAGUUCAUUUUUUUGAGGGUUUUUCAACCCCAAGAAGAGAGAAGCAGAAGCUGCAGCUUCGAUCCGGUGGGAGAUUUUAUUUAAGCUAUGGCGAACACCAAAGGGAUGGCACACUUUAGAAAUUCACCUUCCACUGGGAAACAAUCACUUCUUCCUCCUAAAAGUCCAUUCCCUAGCAUAUCCCCAUCAUAUGCAGAUUACGGCUCCUCUUUAAUAGGGUCCAAAGGCAUUCCAAAGCCACGAGAGGGACAUAGGCACCACCAACGCACUUCCUCCGAGAGCAUUCUCAUUGAGGAGCAACCUUCUUGGCUUGACGAACUCCUAAAUGAGCCAGAGACGCCUGUGAGGAGAGGAGCUCACCGUCGGUCAUCUAGUGACUCCUUUGCAUAUUUGGAGGCAUCUAAUAAUUCUUCUAACGUAGAUAACAAAGCUCAAGAGGAGUACAAGUAUAAAAAUCUAACAUCUGUGCCUUCAUGGGGAUCUGUGGACUUUGAUCGCUUUAGAGACGUACAACAUGCCUCUUUCUAUGCAGAGAAUUCUUUUGCGACACAGCAGAAUAGGGGAUGGGAAUCACCCUUGAAUUCCGUGACAUACCCAAGUAGCUAUCCAUCUGCACGAGAUCAUAACAUUAUACUCCAGAGCUCUGGAUCAUCAUGUGCUCCGAGGAGACCAGACAGAGUUCCAUCUAUAGCUACUGAAAAGCAAGACCAAGAGGAACCUGGUCAUGAUCUGCAAGGUUCUUCUGAAAGGGAUGGAUCUUAUGCUAAGCCUUGUGUAUCUGAGUCGGACACAAAACGUGCUAAACAGCAAUUUGCUCAGCGGUCUCGGGUCCGGAAACUUCAGUACAUAGCUGAGCUGGAAAGGAAUGUCCAAGCUUUACAGGCAAAAGGGUCCGAAGUUUUAGCUGAACUGGAAUUUUUGGAUCAGCAGAAUCUCAUAUUGAACAUGGAGAAUAAAGCUCUGAAGCAACGAUUAGACAGUUUGGCUCAGGAGCAACUCAUAAAGCAAUUGGAGCAUGAGGUGUUGGAGAGGGAGAUUGCACGGCUUCGAUUGUUGAUGUAUCAACAGCAGCAGCAGCCCCUCUCUUCCCAUCACAGACCGGGUAGCAGUAGAGACCUCGAUUCCCAAUUUGCUAAUCUCUCUUUGAAGCACAAGGAGGCCAGUUCUGGCAGGGAACCAGUCAGUGGCCCACUCCACACUUGAAAGUGUGAUGAGCCAAAGCAAUGCCAAUGUCCAAUCCCAGUUAUGGUGAAUGAUUUUCUGGAUCUUCUCACUGUUCGCUCUCUUUUCUUGUUUUGAUAUCUCUAUGUGCACCUGAUGGUCAUGCCGGAAAAGUUCACUUCUCUGGUUGGUGACUCAUCGGAGGUGAUAGUUCAUAGCUUUUGUUUUCUCUCUCUCUGUGUAUUUGCACGAGUGAUAUGCCUAAAUGUAUUCCUUUA